AUGGCACUGGCUGCAUUUUGUAUUUGCAAAGAGAUUGAUGGUCUCAAUAAAAAUGGUGCUAGAAGAGAUUUUCUCACUACGUUAGCUGAUACAUUGGUUCCUCCAAAUAUUGAAAACCGAAUGAAGAACCCUCACAUCAUCAAACAGUUCAACACUCGUUUGGCAAUGAAAUCGUAUUUUGGAAGACCACUAAAUCCUCCAGUAGUAGUUCCUAGCUCAAGUGGUGCUGAUACUCUGCUAAAGAGAAAAAGUUGUAAGCUCUGUACAUUGGGAGAUGAAAAAAUUCGACGACUAACUCGUUUUUUUUGUUCCAAGUGCUCGAAUCCGGUAUGCCUACAACAUUCGAAAUCAGAGUAUAUAUGUUUUAGUUGCUUACCUGAAGCUGUGUAA